CAACAACAACCCUGUGAAUGACAGGAGGGCUGUUCUGCCUCUUCCGGACUGCGCCGGAAAAGAGCAGUGAAUCUUCAACACUUGGGAAUUUUGUCAUGAGCGACACCGACUCUGGCGCCCUGCGAACGGGAUUUCGGAAGGCAUUGGCGCGCAGGCUGUUCGAGCUAGACCACCCUCCAGGUGAUCCUGGUCAAGUGCAGAGGUACAGUGAAGGUGAGCGGGUGGCCUUUGAAAAGGGAUACCGAGCUGCUGUGCAAGAUAUGUUCGUCUUGGUCGGAGCCGGCUUGGCGGGCAUGGCCUUUCUGAUCGUGUGCUUGUCACCCCCACUGUAUCAGAAGGUCCGCGAGAGGGUGAGGCCCUGGGUGGUGCGGCAGGUUGAGCUCGGCAGGCCCUUCGUGAUCGCAGUGCAGCGCUUCAGGCACCCACGGCUGGAUCAGAUCCACUUGCUGGCGGCGAACUCCUGCGGAGUACCCUUUUACAUCACGAUGUUGCCGUUCCUCUUCUGGAUUGGAGAGCUUCAGCUCGCCCGGCACACGACCUCGUUCAUGGCAACGAUAAUCUAUAUUGGCAACGCGAUCAAAGAUGCAAUCAGUGCUCCUCGGCCUGACUGGAGCAAGGGUGUUAGCCUGGUUCGAGAUGGUGCCGGGGAUGGGUCGUCCACUGACGACAUGGAGUACGGACUGCCCAGCACCCACACAAUCAAUACCUUGUGCAUAUGGAGCUACAUACUCUACUUUUACAGCAGCUCGACCAGCUUUGGUGACGGCAUGUCUGUAUACUGGAAUAUAGCAAGGUCUCCUUGGUUGUGCAUGUUGUUUGGACUCAACAUCAUCUGGUGUUUGUUCAUCAUGUGGGGCCGCGUGUACUUGGGAAUGCACUCCCCUGUGGACAUAGUGGCUGGCCUGCUGAUAGCGAUUUUGUUGCUACAUGCCUACGUCCAGGUUGAUGAUUUUGUAGAUGCUUGGAUGACGUCAGCCACAGUUUGGGUUCCAAUGUAUCAGUUCGCCUUCGCGGUGCUUCUGUGCUGGACCUACCCACAAGGUUUGCAGAAAACUCCGUCCUACAACUACGCCGUCUAUUGCACUGGGGUGUGUCUUGGUGUGCUGACGGGAGUGUGGCGAUGCCCACAAUACCACAACGCCGAAGCUGCGGAAAGACUGCGCAUUGUCAGAGGCAGCAUCACCAGUUGGAGUUUUGCUUUCUUUGCAGGGCGGCGAUUUUUCCUUGGCCUUGCCGUGGUGUUCGCUGUGAAGGCUUUGACCAAAGAAAUUUUGAGGUUCAUAAUCCCAGCAGCUUUGCGACUGUGUGGCAUUCCGCAUUCUGACCAUGAGGCCUGCAAAGAAAAAUCGACUCCGAUAGGAUACAACGUUCUGACUCCGAUUCGACUGUUGAACUACGCUGCGGUGAGCUGGGCAGUGGUUGAACCCUGUUUCCACCUGUUUGAGUGGCUGCAGAUUUAGAUGGAUGCGUGUACAGCUUCAAUUCUUCAUUGCGAUUAGGAUCCGUGCAUGGUGCACAUUGUGUCAACACAAUUGCAUCCAUGCACCGAUGUACAGUGGGGGAACUCUUUCGAAGGAGCUUCGCCACAAGCUUAGCCUGAAUUGUAUAUUAGUGGUAAAGCACCUUGCUAGCAGAGCAUCGCUUC